AUUCUGUUCUAGUUCAAAUGGAUAAGCCUGAGACUUGGAUUCCGAAAAUAGAUAUCAUUUCCCUAACACCUACUAAAACCCUCUAUCUCCUCUCCGGUCAUCUUCCGACGAAGCGAAAAAAGGACGCCAAAUGGCGUCGGUGACGAGGAUUGCUAUCACCAGGUCCCUUCUCUCUGCAUCUGCUUUCGAACCGCCCUCCUCUUCCCUCUCUUCCUUCCUCUCACCUUCCGCUCUCCGCCUCCCAUCCACGCUCCCCACUCUUUCGCUUUCCCUCUCUUUCUCCUCAUUCCCGUUACCCAAGCACCGGAGAAUCCCCCCUGCCCUCUCUGCGGCUGACGACGACGAUGCGGAGGCCGGCGCCACCGACUACGACAUGGAUGAGGAGGAUGUCGAGGAGCUGGAUAACAAGAAGGACUAUGACAUCGAGUACGACAAGAUACUCGGCGUCGCGCCCGUUUCCUCCGCCGCCGACUCGCCAGACGACAUCGAGAUGGUCGCCGUCGAGAGCUUCGUGUCCACGCAAGGGUGGGAGUCCGAGACCGUCGUUGACUACCGUAUCAACGAGGAGGAGUUCCACAAGAUCCGCCUCUUUCACUGCGACUUCUUUAUUCGGAAGCCGCCCGACCCCGAUGACAACGUCUACGACUUCCGAGAGAUGUAUGUUACUCCUCCUGACACGGAUGUCUACUCAAUUCCGAAGGUUUUAGCUCCCAUGCCUCAGAAGUACAUUCGGUGUGCAAAAUCAAACUUUGGAAGCUACAAUGUCACGGAGCCACCCAUAGACGCACCUAGAGAUCCACUGUACAAAACUGAGAGGGAAAUUAUGAAGGUUUUUCUAACAAAGCACUAUAGAAACCGACGACUCCGUGAUUCAGAGUUUGUUCUGGAUUUUGAAGAAAUCUAUGUCAUUGAUUCUAAAACAAAAUCAAUCACUAGAGCUAAAGUCCUGGUAACUGUUCCUGGGGGGAGAAGCAGAGAUAGGAGGAAGGAUCUGCUAAUCAUUCGCGAUGGUGGAAACUCAUUCAAAAUCAUUGACAAGAGUGAAAGAGAUGAUCCCACCGCUGUUAUAGAGAGAGAAGAGUGGUCGAAAACGCGGCAAGAAAUGGAGAAUCACCUCCGAAAGCUCCGAGACUUCCAUGUAUCAAAUUGGUUCUGAUUAGUACAAUUCAGAUCCUCAGAUUACUUUGUUGUGGGGCUUGCUUGAAGUCUAUGUUGAAUUAAAAUGAAUAUUAGAUUCACCUAUUGUGAUGGCUGCCAAUUUAUUAUGGUUUCUUUUAAUGUAUGUAUAUGGCCUCAAUGUUUAAAAUCAUACUUCAUUCCUGAUCCAACAUCAGAUAUCAACAAGUUCAUUUGCAA